AUGGCAUAUUUACAUCUUACCCAGACCGUAGCGGACGCAUUCAACGCGCUUGCGGACGAGGUGCAGAUUUUGUCCGAUCGCAAGACGAUACUGGAGCACAAGCUGCGUUUCGCGCAUGAACAGUUCCAGUAUUUGGCCGAUAAAUAUGCGCCAGUUACACCAGAAAUAGAAGAAACUAUAGCGAAGUUGCAGCUUCCAGCGCAGACUACCGUCGAUGAUACUUUGCCUGUGCCUCUCCCUAAGCAUCGAACUCCGCAGUCCCAGGCUCAAGUUGCCCUCAUCAUUCGUGACGGACGCCGCGCUGCGAACAAACUGGUUGCCUCGCUAGGUGAAGCCAGUAAGACCACAGCAUCAUCCAGAGAUACGCUGUCUCAAACCUCCCAUGUAGAAACCUCCAUGUCGACAACUGCUUUGGAACAAGACUUCACAGUUGAAGAUAAGAAAGGCAAAUUGCAGUGCCCCUUUGCUAAGGAUGCUGCUGCUAAUGGGAACAAAGAACCGAAGCCUGAAACCGGCCCGGACUUGACUCCAAAUCAAUCUGAAGACCCUGUUUGUGUUGCCAUGUGCGAAGAAGAGACGUUUCAGCAAGACGCCGUAAACGAAACUCAGCCCAGCAAAUGCCCUAUCCGAUUUCUAGACUCUCCACAGGAGAUUGCUCAAUACGUUGAAGUUCACAAAAAUGAGAUUCCUCGAAGCCACGAAAUCUGUGUGCGGAGAUAUCAGGGUAACGAGCAGCAGGUUAGGAAAUUGGAUGCAAAGUACGGAAAUAUUGUGAGCAUGAUUGAAGACCUAAGCCAUCUCCACAAGCCGAUGCUGCCCGGAGACGAGGAGCGCACACGCCGUCACAGCAAUACCUCGAAAAAUUCAAACGACCGAGUGGAGAGCUGGGCACAUGCUGUUAGCGCAAGCACAGACCCGGAAGUCCCCGCUGAGCCGCCAGUCGAUGUCGACGAAGACCGACUAAGUCAUUUUGACCGGCCACUGAAGGAGGUGCGAGUAGGAGAAUCACCAAGCCGUCCUUGGGGUAUCUCUGUACCGACAUAUAAACAGCCCAGAAACGAGCCUAUGUCGCCGCCUCCUGCCCCUGUACGUAUGCCGAGCCCAGCACGGAACACGGAGGCACCAGCGAAACCAACAGGGAAAUGCCCUUUUGACCAUACAGCAAUGAAGCAGCCUGCUUUUGCUGGAUUGAACAUCACCUCCUCGCCCGACCCACAGGUCAAGAAUGAUACCGUCUCCAACACCCAAGAUCAAAUGCCUUCUACGUCUACAAAGGGACACCCGGAGAAUCAGGCCACUCAUGAGAACCGCACUUUCAUACCGCAACCUACCUUUAUCAACCCAGAUUUAUCGAAAGCCCCGAACGGUCCGCAGAUGAUUUUCACCGGCCCUGUUUUUAUCGGGUAUCCAAUGGAGCAAGCCAUCCAAUUUAUGAAUCAGUACCAACGGACUUGA